CUUGGCAUCGAAGGUAAGAAAUGCAAGUACUGCAGCCUUGGGUGUCUGUCUCAGAAAUAAAUGAGAUUCUUGUUCAUUGGCAUGUGAUCGUGUUUCAGAUCAUGAGAAAGCUUUUACUUCACUACGCGUUUUCUUGGAUCCUUAACUAUAGGACUUAUGAGCUAAUCUGCAGUCAAAUCUGGAUCACUGUAGCAAAUCUACCAUCACACUAAAUCACUAUAACAAAGAAGCAGACAAAGCAAAAAGGUGUGAGUGCUUUGAUUGAGGGCGUCGGUGGCAGCUUGAAUGAUAAGGUGGAGUGAUUUAUUGCCAAAUUUUCCCUUAUAAAUGUAACACACUGUGUUAGAACAGACAACAGAUUGCUUGUAGGCACUGGUUACUUCUUCAGAAAUGAAGAUAUCAGAUGGAGUUCUUGUCUUCCUGGUCCUCAUUUUGUUUGCUUCAAUGGCAGCAUCAACCAUGGAUGUGGCAGCUGAGGAUCUGGGAGUGAACUUGGCUAAAAGGCAGAAACACAAGCAUUCUGGGUUUUCUCAAGCAGAGUGCCCUGGUGCCUGCCAAUACAGAUGCUCCAAGACAGCCUACAAGAAGCCUUGCUUGUUCUUUUGUCAGCAAUGCUGCUUCAAGUGCCGGUGUGUGCCUCCAGGGACCUAUGCUCACAAGGAGGUGUUGAAUGAUCGUGCGAGGGCCAUCUCAUCUUUCCUACCAUCACAUUAAUGGACCGUAACGUCUUCCAAGCUAUGAUCCAAGAAUUGAGUAAAUGAAGCAUUUAAACCUUUGAGCUCCGACCUGCACUUCCAUCAUCAAUUAUAUUAAAGUUCUUUGAUCCAAAAAAUUUCAUUAAAAGCAGUCGAAUGCUUCAUAGUUCUAUAAAUUGAGACCAAUUUCCAAAACCUCGCAAUUACGGUGUUAUUUUGCUUUGAUCUAUACGAUGUGCGCGAUGCGGGGCCGUCUUCCUCUGAUGUUGCCGGCGAUCGUCGCCGCCGUCAUCUCGUGCGCGAUUUUUGGCGGCAGAGGGCAAGGGCCGGCGUCGGCACCGUCGGUGGACGAUUGCACGGACGCCUUCCUCAACAUGACGGGAUGCUUGUCCUACGCCAGAGUCGGCAGCAAUGACACGGCGCCCGGCGGCGACUGCUGCCCCGAGCUAGCUGGGCUCAUCGACUCCGACCCCAUCUGCCUCUGCGAGCUCCUCGCCGGCGGGGCCGAGAGCUUCGGCAUCGCCGUUGACAACGCCAGGGCCCUCCGACUCCCCUCCCUCUGCCGCCUCGACGCGCCGCCGGUGAGCUUGUGCUCAGAUAUAGGAAUUCCAGUUGCAAGUCCGGCGACUGCUAUUUCACCGGCUCCCGAAAGUCCGACGACGGCCACCUCACCGGCUUCCUCCGGUGGCAGCCGGGAAUCACCUGGAUCCACGCCUGCAUCAAGCGCGCAGAAACUCGACGGAGGACAUGGAGCUGCUGCAGAGCUUGCCGUGACCGCCGCCGCUUUAUCGUUUAUUGUCACCGUCAUUGAAAUCUUUUAAAAGAUUUAUGUCUCCCUUAAUUAUUGUACGUUGGACAAUUGGAGAAAAUGGAAAAAAGACCUAAAUUUUUAAAAAAACU